GGAGGUAACGGGACGGGCGCGACCAUGGCGCGGUGAGGCCGCGGGUGGGAUUGGUCUGGGGAGGCCUGGGGCCGCUGGCUUGGGCGCUGUCGCCGCCGCCCCCUCUCGCUGCAGCCGCCGCCGCCGCCGCCGCCUCGGGCAUGUCGUCCAACUGCACCAGCACCACGGCGGUGGCGGUGGCGCCGCUCAGCGCCAGCAAGACCAAGACCAAGAAGAAGCAUUUCGUGUGCCAGAAAGUGAAGCUAUUCCGUGCCAGCGAGCCGAUCCUCAGCGUGCUGAUGUGGGGGGUGAACCACACGAUCAAUGAGCUGAGCAAUGUCCCUGUCCCUGUCAUGCUCAUGCCAGAUGACUUCAAGGCUUACAGCAAAAUCAAGGUGGACAAUCAUCUCUUCAAUAAGGAGAACCUCCCCAGCCGCUUCAAGUUCAAGGAGUACUGCCCCAUGGUGUUCCGCAACCUCCGCGAGCGCUUCGCCAUCGAUGACCAGGACUACCAGAACUCGGUGACACGCAGCGCCCCCAUCAACAGCGACAGCCAGGGCCGCUGUGGCACUCGUUUUCUCACGACCUACGACCGGCGCUUCGUCAUCAAGACUGUGUCCAGCGAGGACGUGGCCGAGAUGCACAACAUCCUAAAGAAAUACCACCAGUUCAUCGUGGAGUGUCACGGCAACACACUCUUGCCGCAGUUCCUGGGCAUGUACCGCCUGACCGUGGAUGGUGUGGAGACAUACAUGGUGGUCACCAGGAAUGUGUUCAGCCACCGGCUCACCGUGCACCGCAAGUACGACCUCAAGGGUUCUACUGUAGCCAGAGAAGCGAGUGACAAGGAGAAGGCCAAGGACUUGCCCACAUUCAAAGACAAUGACUUCCUCAACGAGGGGCAGAAGUUGCGUGUGGGAGAGGAGAGCAAGAAGAACUUCCUGGAGAAGCUGAAGCGCGAUGUGGAGUUCCUGGCACAGCUGAAGAUCAUGGACUACAGCCUGCUGGUAGGGAUCCAUGAUGUGGACCGAGCCGAGCAGGAGGAGGUGGAGGUAGAGGAGCGCGCAGAGGAUGAGGAGUGUGAUGACAGCGCAGGUGGCCCGCUCUGCUCCUAUGGGACGCCGCCAGACAGCCCCGGCAAUCUGCUCAGCUGCCCUCGCUUCUUCGGGCCUGGGGAGUUCGACCCCUCCGUCGACGUCUAUGCCAUGAAGAGCCACGAGAGCAGCCCAAAGAAGGAGGUUUAUUUCAUGGCCAUCAUUGACAUCCUUACACCAUAUGACGCGAAGAAGAAAGCUGCGCACGCUGCCAAAACGGUGAAGCACGGGGCAGGGGCUGAGAUCUCGACGGUAAACCCUGAGCAGUACUCCAAACGCUUCAAUGAGUUCAUGUCCAACAUCCUGACGUAGUUCCCUUAGACUCUGGCCUGAGCCGGAGCACAGGCGGCUGGGGAGGGCUCAGGAGAGGAUGGGAGAGGUGUGUGGGUUGGAAGGAGGGCGGGCAGAUGGUGGGGCUCAGCCUGUGACACUGAGGAGGUACAGCACCUUCUACUAACCUGUGACCCCCCCCCAUUUCGAUCCCAUGUCACCUUUAGGACACCUUGGGGCUAGUGGUGACUUGCCAGUUUAUUUGGGUUUUGGUCCUGGUCACUACCGUCCUGCCCCGCCCACCUGCCCGCCUCAUAGUCAUCCAGGUCCCUUCAGCUACUCCAGCCCUGCUCCCUCCGUGGCAUCUGGACUCUGAUUUCAUGGAUCGUUGUGGGCAACUUUACCUCCCUACUCUGGGUCCAGGUGAAGGUUCCUUUUGACUUCCACCUUCCUCCGGCCUGUCCUCCCCAGCAGAGGCAGAGGCCUCGGGCCGAGGAGCAGGGUCUCCACGGAGGGGUGGGACUGUCAACACACUCGGGCUCCUGGGCCCUCAAGCCCGCCUGCCGCCAGAAAGCGCCUCCAGCCCGGCGGCCCCGGGGUGUCUCGAUGCUGUCCCUUUGGUAACCCAAGAAACUGAUCGGGUCAGAUGCCGUUUUGUGCAAACCUGCCCCUCCUCAUGAGCCACGUGGCCGGCCUGUCGCCAGGUCGGAGUGCUGAGCACUGGGUGCUCUGCAACGCUGUCUCCUCGGCCCGAGCCCAUCUGCCAGUGGUUUCUCACCUGAGCAGUUUGAAGAACAAUGAGUCCCCACCUCGGAGUGUGGGGACAAGCCUGGGGCUGCUUCAGAGUUGCUUGAGGAUGGGCCCAGGGAAGCCCCUGGAAAGCCUGAUGUGGGACCUGCCCCCACGCAGCCCCUUCCUCAGGACGGGGCUUUCCACAGCCCUUUCAGGGUUCUUUCCCAUCCUCAGAGCACCGCCCUAGAAAAGCCCCCCAUUUCCCAAUGCUGUCACAGCAGCCAGUCCACUCAGAAGGACAAGUGACAUCUUCCCAGCCCCAUGCCAGGAAGUAGGGACUUGGCGUGAGAGGAGGGCACCCUGGUGGGUGACUCAGAGGUGUGAAGUUGGUUUGUGGAGCAUUGCAAGGAGCGGAAGGCUUCCUGGGGCUCCUGCCAUGUGGCCCUAGAGGCCGGGGACCUUGCUACACUGCAGAACUCGGGGAGCCCCUCUCUGGAGGGGUGGAGGCCAGACUGAAGCCAGCUCCAGGAAGGACAGAAGUGGCUCCAAGUGACAACCCAGAAGCACUUGGAACCACAUGACAGGGAAAGAGCUGAGACUUAGGAAUCACGAAGCAAUCACGUCGGGACUUGAUCUCCCCACCUCGGAAUCAGGAGCGAAGUUCUGGAUCUGCCCUCUGCCAGGCCCCGCGCCUCAGGCUCAGCAGGCCGCGUCCCCAGUGGCCUCGCUGCCCCUGGCCCCAGCCACAUUGCCAUACCAUGUCCCGGGCGUCACAUGUCCUGCCAGUUAUGUGACUACCAGGUAUCUAACUUGUUUAACAUGGAGUUUUUGUGGGUUGGGUUGUUUUUGUUUUUUUUUUUUUUUUUGUAUAUUGUUUACAUUUUGAGAGGUAGUGUUCUGUUUCAAAUGCUCUUUCUGUUUUUCUGACAGUAUUGUGGAUCGGGUCGAAAAAUUUGAGCUGUGGUUUGGUGGAUUUUAGAUUUUUUUAAAGGUCAUUCUUUGUGCUAUUUUCAAAACCUUGGGUCUGGCCCGCUGAUUCUUUUUUGGCAUUUGGAUGUUCAAAAGCUAUUUAUCUUGAUUUAUACAAGUUUUCUUUCUCUCCGUUUUGUAAUGAUAAAGAUGUUCUGUUUGGUCUGCA